CAUUAAUGCCGAACUACUACUGCUCAUAACCAGACACCAUGACCCUCAACAUGAAACCAGCCCACGACGAUGCAGACUCCUCUCCAAAAGCAACCUGCACCCCCCCCAAACUGCCCUACGAGCCAAGCCCAUCCAGUGUUCCAGUAGUAUCCCUCAAGUUGAACUCCAAGCAGCUUGACUGCCCAACCCAAGGAAGAAGCAAACAAACGCGAAAACGUGUGCGGAUAAACACACUAGCCGCCACAAUCAGGCAGGCAGGAUUUCAGGGCAAAACCCCCUCAAAUCACACCAGACUCGGCAGCCUCGUCCUCAUCAACCGUUGUAUCACCACCAUCCUUCUUUCCACCAUCCUCCUCCUCCGCGGCAUCCUCCCUGGAGAGCAUGUCCGGGUUGAGUCGCGCCUUUCCGGUAAUGAGGGGAGCCGACUUGCGGGCGCGGGUGCGCUUGGAGCCUGCGGCAGCAGCCGCGUCGACCGUCUUGCUCGUUCUGGCGCGCUUCUUGGACAUUGGAUUGACGUCCUGGGCCUCGUCGUUGUAGUCCUCGGCCAGUUGGUUGUUGCCGCCCUUCUUGGCAGCUUUUUCCGCGGCGAUCUUCUGCUUGAUCAUGCCCCAGGCAUUUUUCACCGUGCCUGCUGCGAGGCCCAACUCGGCGCUGGCUUUGGUGUAGUCGGGCUUGAUAUCCUGUAAUGGGGGGAGAGGAAUAUUAUCAGAGGCGAUGACGCAUUGAGCCAUG